GGCUAGCCGCCGCCGCUACACACAUGCUACUUCUACCUGCCUGCAGCUGAAAUAUAAACCUCGGCGGAAACACACAGUUCCCAGUUGUUCCCUAAGUCUGCGUGCUUAAAUCACGUCUACAUCAGUUGUGGAGCCAGCUAACAUGUGACCGGUGCCGGCGAAGUUAUCAGAGGAGCCACAUUUAUAGUCGACACGAUUAUUCUCUGCAGGAAAAACUACUCGACAAGAACUAGCUAAGGUGCCCACAUUCUGCUGCAGAGGAGAGAGCACCAGGAUGAGGAGACAGUAGGCACCCGCCGUAGUAUGGCCGCGUCCCGUUCUUCGCGUGUCACAAGGUCAUCAGUAGGGCUCAAUGGAUUGGAUGAGAACUUUUGUGGUCGAACCCUCAGGAACCGCAGCAUUGCCCAGCCAGAGGAGACCUCUGUGUCUCCGCUGCCGAGGGCGCGCUCUCCCAAGAAAAAGCAGGAGUCGAAGCACGACGCCAAGCAGGAGUCGACGCACGACGCCAAGCAGGAGUCGAAGCACGACGCCAAGAAGGAGUCGACGCAGGACAGCAAACCGGACACCAAGCGGGACUCGAAGCAGGAAACGAAGCAGGACCGCAAACCGGACACCAAGCGGGAGUCAAAACAGGACACCAAGCAGGAGUCGAAGCAGGACAUCAAACCGGACACCAAGCAGGAGUCAAAGCAAAAUGCCAAGCAGGAGUCGAUGCAGGACCGCAAACCGGACACCAAGCAGGACUCGAAGCAGGAAACGAAGCAGGAGUCGACACAAGACCGCAAACCGGACACCAAGCAGGAGUCAAAACUGGACACUGAGCAGGAGUCGAAGCAAAACGCCGAGCAGGAGUCGAAGCAGAACGUCGAGCAGGAGUCAAAGCAGGAGUCGAAGCAGAACGUCGAGCAGGAGUCCAAGCCGAACGUCGAGCAGGAGUCCAAGCCGAACGUCGAGCAGGAGUCCAAGCCGAACGUCGAGCAGGAGUCCAAGCCGAACGUCGAGCAGGAGUCCAAGCCGAACAUCAAAAAAGAUCCUGAGCAGGAGUCAAAGCAUGAUAUCAAACAAGAGACGACGCUGGACACCCUGCAGGAGUCGAAGCAGGAAUCAAGGCACAAUGACAUGCAGGUGUCAAAUGACAUCAAGCAGAACACGGUUGAAGAGUCAACUCCAGAAUCUAAGCUGGAGUCGCAGCAUGAUGUUAAACAGGAGACACAGCCACAGGAGACUUGCUUGCAAGAAAAUAAACAACAGGACUUAUUUCAGAGAAACGUAAACAACUCCAGUACUUUACCGGGUGAUGUGGAUCAAUCGACAGCUUCCAGGAAGCGGGGUGUAUCCUGUUUAGAAAACUACAUCAGUCAAGAGAAGUACGAGAACUCUGACCCAGUGAAAGAACCGCAGGGUGCCUCUCCUCAAACCAAAAGGACCAAGUGGUGCUCCCGCUCUGGAGAAUCUCAGGGACAGGAGGAGGACCAUGGGUUUUUGAAACCUGAAAGUCCGGUCUCUGUCCCAGAGCCUUGUAAGGACAUCAUUUGUGAAAGAAUGCCCAGCCACAACUCUUCUAACACCGCACCCGCUUCACCUAUUCUUUGCAAGCUGGAAAGUGAUGCAGUCGGACAGAAGGUGGAGGAGCAUAGUCAUGUGGAGUGUGAUGAAGUGUUUUCACCCCCUAAUUCUCACAAGGCCUCUAAUGGGUUUGGAGAAACGGACGUAGACAGAUCUAGCACACUUACUGAACAGACUAGUGUUAACCCCACUUCUGUCACUGUUCCCUCGUCGCUGCUGAACGGCAGUCGGAUGGGGGUUCCCUCAUCCCCCGACCCCUCGGUGCCUUUUACAAACUCUGUCCCUGGGCAAAGGGAGAUCUCUGGCUCAGGGGAACUGUCAGCCUCGUUGGCACCGACGUUUGACGGUGCUUCAGAGGACCCUGUUCCUGACUUGAUCGUUGCCAAAGAGCAGGAGGUGGAGGAGGUGGAGGUCGAUGUAGUAGGUGACCCUUUGUGUCUAGCUCACGAGGAGCAGGUGGUAGUAAGUGAAAGCGACACAAACGGCCGACCACCGUCACCAGCGCAGGACGCUGCCGCCUCCACCUCCUCCUCUACUACGAACACAAACUGUAGUUCAAUCAACAACAGCAACUCAGGAGAAACUACACCCCUACUCACAACACCCACCUCCCCCACAGAACCAGGGUGCAGCCCUUCCAUACCCAGCAUGUCCCCAUCUUUCACAGAGCUCUAUGAACACAGAUAUACCCUGAGGACUUCACCUAGGAGAGUUGUGUCUGGUGGCAAAGCUUCUCCCUCCAAACCCAGCUCUCCUCUGACAGAUAAUGGACCUUUAAUGGAGGAGGGGGAGGUGGUGGUGGGCUGCCCCAUGGUGGAGGAACUCGUUUGCUCUGACUCACUUGGUCCUUCUAGCGAGCAGUCGGAUUCUGUGGAUCCUGAAAACGAGGCAGUUGAUAAAGACGGUGGAUUUAUAGACAAAAAGACCAGCGAGGAGCCGAGAGGAAGCCAGGCUGCAGACGACGACGACGAGGAGGAGGAGGAGGAAGAGGAGGAGGAACCAGAUGUGUAUUAUUUUGAGUCGGACCACCUGGCUCUUAAACACAAUAAAGAUUAUCAGAGACUGCUGCAGACCAUAGUGGUACUCGAGGCUCAGCGCACGCAGGCCAUCUUUGAUUUGGAGACGUUGGCACGUCGUCAGAGAGGGGCGCUGGCCGAUCCCAUCAGCUUUGUAGAUCAGCUGCAGAAACAGGUGAAUUUGGGCAUGCCGUGUCCUCAGCAUGUCGUUCAACUCCCUGACAUUGCUUGGGAGCAGUACACCUCAGGCCUCGGGGACUUCGAGAGAGAGUUCUGCGACAAGAAACGAAAAACCCGGCAGCUGAAUUUGAUCUUUGAUAAAGGUUUGCCUCUUAGACCAAAAAGUCCCGUUGAACCCAAGAAGGAAGGCGAAUGCUCCAGCUCGUACUCCUCUCUUCCCAUGAGCGAUGCCCCAGAGAACGGCAGGCAAACACAGAUGAUCAGGGGGAGGAUAUGUCACCCAAAUAAGCCUCACACGUUUAACCAGCUGUGGACGGUGGAAGAACAGAAAAAACUGGAGCAGCUUCUUCUUAAGUACCCACCUGAGGAGAUCGAGUCCAAACGAUGGCAGAAAAUUGCCGAUGAGCUCGGCAAUCGGACGGCCAAACAGGUUGCCAGUAGAGUUCAAAAGUACUUCAUCAAACUGACAAAAGCUGGUAUUCCUGUGCCUGGAAGGACACCCAACCUCUGCAUGUACACUAAAAAGGCCUCCAGUAAGAAGCAGCACCACCUGAACAGGCACCUGUACCGACCCUCCACCUUCCUAACGUCGUACGAGCCUCCGGUCUUCAUGGAUGAAGACGACGAGCGCUCGCCGUAUUACAACAUGCAGGACCCUUCAGCAGAUGACUCGGAUGAGGAGAGCGUUCCUGUGGAGCUGAGAAACUUACCGGAGUACAAAGAGCUUUUGGAGCUGAAGUGUUUGAAAAAACAAAAACUCCAGGAGAUCCAGGAGGAGAAGGGCGGGGUGCAGCAUUUAGGAUUCAAGUGCGACGUCUGCGGCAUGGAGCCCAUCCAGGGCGUGAGAUGGCACUGCCAGGACUGUCCGCCAGAAAACGCGGUUGAUUUCUGCUCCAACUGCUCGGACUGCCUGUUCAAGACGGAGACCCACAAACCCAACCACCACCUGGAGCCGGUGUAUCAGUCCGAAACCUUCCUGGACAGGGACUACUGCCUGCCGCAGAGCACGGGCUACAACUACCUGGACCCUAAUUACUUCCCCGCCAACAGAUGACAGGAUCCCAGGCGCCCCUAGCUCUCUCUCUCUCUCCACGUACCCCACAGGCCACUCUGUGUACGGCUCCAUCCUCCAAGUCCAAGAUAACCGCUUCACCCACCGGCCAGGCAGGAAGGCCAGCCGGGGGGGCCUCAGAACAGACCUCAGAGCUGCUGCUGCUGGUGGGCGGGGGAGCUGUUGGUUACUGACCUCUCUGACUUCAUCAAAGGGUGGUUGCGUUGAUCCCCUCCCAAAAAAAACCCCACCUCAGCCAGGUUAUUUAACGGUGAUUUGAAACGAUACACUAUUUAAAAAAGAAAACUGAAGGCGCACAACAUUCCUGAGCUUUGAAACUCCAGGACCCCCCCCCCCCCCACCUUCUCUGUGCUGCUUCAACUGGAGAAUUGAUGAUUCGUCUGGUGGAGCGCCACCUAAUGGAGCCACGGUGGACUGGGCUCGUUGCGAUACACUGAGGUGGAUUUAGUGUGUCUGUGUUUUAUGCAAGAGUGGAAACCAUUUUAGAUUAUUUAUGAGUCACUGGGUUCUGCAGGAACUGACGUCGCGUCAUCGAGGCCGACUGAGCGAAGUUACGUCGAGUCGAUGUUCUUCAGACCGACCCGCGUGUUUUACAGGUUGAGUUUCAUCAUGAAGUCAUCACGAACACUGUCACACAAUGCUGCUCCCUUCACCUUCCCAACACACACACACACACACACUCACCUCAUCCGUUUCCUUCGCUCUCUCCACUGAAACACGUCUAACAAGAGAAGCACUACAACACAGAGAGCCAUUUUUCUUUGAGAACGUGGGAAAACACAAAGAUGUUUUUUUUUUUUUUUCUGUCCUCUCCCGGUGUGUGCCGUCGUUGACCAUGUUGACUGUUCGAGUAUAUCGUGGAAAAGUGAAAAGUAGCCACCGCUAGUUGCCGUGUGCCAUUUAAAAUAAAAUGAAACAAAAAGAUUUUUACUUUUUGGGCAGA